UCCGCAGCCAAACAGAAAAAGAAAAAAUAAAAUAAAGAAACGAAAAAAAAAAAAAAAUCUUAGUUUUAGAGAAGAAGACACAAGAGAAAAAGAAAGGGGGGCUUGGCAUUUUGGAUAAGAAGUUCCUUUUAAUUUCUCUAAAUUUUUAAACUUUUUAGAAGGAUUUUCUUCUUAUCUAUUAGAAUGAUUAUAAUGCAAGGUAGGAAUGAAAGUAUUUUGAGUGCAAAGGAGAAUUGAAGAGGAGGCGAGAGAAAGAAUAGGAGAAGAGAGAGAGCCAUUCUCUCUCCUUUCUCUUCAUCUCCAUGGAAAGAAGCAGAGGAAGGACAACAAGAACAAAUACUUCCCACCUUCCAUUAUUAUUGUUCUUCCAAGGAUGCUUCCCACCACCACCUGCAUUCUCUUAAUAUGCCUCUUCAUGAGCUUUUUCUCUCCCCUCAUUCAAGCUUUUUCUUCAUUUGGCUUCAAUCUUACCCUCCCUCAUCAACAUCCUGACCCUGAAGCUGUUGCUCAACAAGUCCAGAGGAGUGUCAAUGUAUCAGUAUCUCGAAGACAAAUGAUGUCCCUCCAAAACCAAUGCCUCACCGGCAACCCAAUCGACGAUUGCUGGCAUUGCGACCCGAACUGGCAAAACGACCGCCAGAAGCUCGCCGACUGUGGAAUAGGGUUUGGCGGGGACGCCAUGGGAGGCAAAGGAGGUCAGAUCUACGUGGUCACCGAUUCCUCCGACCGAGACGCUGCGAACCCAAUCCCGGGCACUCUCCGUCACGCCGUGAUCCAAACGGAGCCUCUCUGGAUCGUCUUCUCAGCCGACAUGACCAUCAAGCUCAAACACGAGCUCAUCGUCAACAGCUUCAAGACCAUCGACGGCAGGGGAACCAACGUCCACAUAGUCGGAAACGGCUGCAUAACCCUCCAAUACGUCUCCAACGUAAUCAUCCACAACGUCCAUGUCCACCAUUGCAAGCCCAGCGGCAACGCUGACAUUGCUUCGAGCCCAACCCACGUCGGCUGGAGAGGGAAAUCCGACGGUGACGGAAUCUCCAUCUUCGGCUCCCGCAAAAUCUGGAUCGACCAUUGCACGCUGUCUUACUGUACGGACGGAUUGAUCGAUGCUAUAAUGGGGUCCACGGGGAUCACGAUUUCCAACAACCAUUUCUCCCACCACGAUGAGGUCAUGCUUCUGGGUCACAGCGAUGGGUAUUUACCGGAUUCGGGUAUGCAGGUGACGAUAGCGUUCAACCAUUUCGGUGUGGCGCUGGUGCAGCGUAUGCCUCGGUGUAGACGCGGGUACAUACACGUGGUGAAUAACGAUUUCACGCAGUGGGAGAUGUAUGCUAUCGGCGGUAGCGCUAACCCCACCAUUAAUAGCCAAGGGAAUCGCUAUACUGCACCCGCCGAUAACAACGCCAAGGAGGUGACGAAGCGCGUGGAUACAGACGAAGGAGAGUGGGCAGGGUGGAACUGGAGGACGGAGGGGGACGUAAUGGUAAAUGGAGCGUUCUUCGUACCGUCAGGAGUGGGGCUGAGCACCCAGUACGCCAAGGCCUCCAGCGUCGACCCCAAAUCCGCCGCUCUCAUCGACCAGCUCACUUUAAACGCUGGCGUUUUUGGUGACCCCAGGGACAACACUGAGAGUAGAUCAUCUUCAGGAUUCAACGAUGGAGGGACCACCACCGGGGCCAACAGCAACAACGGCGGGUCCAAUGGCGGUGAUGGGGACUUCUUUGGAAUGAUAUUUGGGAAUGGUGCAUCAUCAAGUUCCUCAUAUUCAAACCCAAUCUUGUUGUCUAUUUUAAUUAUUUUAAUUUUGUGUAUUACCACCAAUCAUGGUGCUUUAUUAUCCUUUCAAUUGUUAUCCCUAUAGAAAUUUUCAAAAAAGAAAAAUUUCAAAUCAGAUAUAAAAAAACAAAAAAACAAAAAAAAAGAAAAAAAUUCUCAACAA